ACUGUGUAUGGGGAUGUCAGUCCCUCCAGCCCGGUGGGAAGGUCCGCGUCCUCCCCCCUCCCAGCUCCAGGAUUCUUGUGCUUCCUCUUCCUCGGACUCUCCCCGGUCACAGCUCGGACGGGUCUCCCUCUGGAUGGGAUCCGCACAAUGCCGACCAAGAGCCGCUACAACCUGGUGGAUGACGGCCAUGACCUGCGGAUCCCUCUCCAUAACGAGGAGGCUUUCCAGCACGGCAUCUGCUUCGAGGCCAAGUACAUUGGAAGCUUGGAUGUUCCACGCCCGAACAGCAGAGUGGAGAUAGUGGCGGCCAUGAGACGAAUACGGUAUGAGUUUAAAGCGAAGAACAUCAAAAAGAAGAAAGUGAGCCUCUUGGUAUCCGUAGAUGGGGUAAAAGUGAUCCUAAAGAAGAAGAACAAGAAGAAAGAGUGGGCCUGGGACGAGACCAAGAUGAUGGUCAUGCAGGAUCCUAUCUACAGAAUAUUCUAUGUGUCUCACGACUCCCAGGAUCUCAAGAUCUUCAGCUAUAUUGCUAGAGAUGGGUCCAGCAGCGUUUUUCGAUGCAACGUCUUUAAAUCCAAGAAAAAGAGCCAUGCCAUGCGGGUAGUGCGGACGGUGGGACAAGCCUUCGAAGUGUGUCACAAGCUGAGUUUGCAGCACACGGAGCAGGUGGGGGAUGGACGAGAAGAUGUUGACAGCGAGAAGAGCACGGAUGACUCUGGUGUUCCAGUGACACAAAUAGUUGCCAGCGUAGAUCACAAUGCUGAUGAGACUGACAUUGAUGCUCUGGACAGUCCUUUGCCUGGAGGGCAGGUUCCAAAAUUCAGCCGCUGUGUGACUGAUCUGGACGCUGUAAAUCAAGAGAAUGAUCGCACUGUGGAAAAGAAGGUGCAGGAUCAGAUGAUUACCGCCUCGCCUAAGAUGUUACUACCCUCGGGAAGUCAGCUACUCCCUGGGAGUCCCCUCUCUGUCCACCAUCAAAUACAGUUCCUUCAGCAACAACUGCAGCAGCAACAGCAGCAAACACAAGUGGCUGUGGCUCAGGUACAUUUGCUAAAGGACCAGUUGGCUGCUGAGGCGGCUGCCAGGUUGGAGUCUCAGGCCAGAGUACACCAGCUACUGCUGCAGAACAAGGAUCUGUUGCAGCACAUCUCCCUACUAGUAAAGCAGGUGCAAGAACUGGAGUUCAAGCUGUCUGGAAAAAAUGCUAUGGGAUCUCAGGACAGUCUCCUGGAAAUUACUUUCCGUCCCAGUGUCCUGUCGGUGAUUUGUGACGCAACAACACCUCAGCCUGAUGAUUUACCCCCUCUGACAGAUCCUGAUUCUUCAUUUCAGCUGGGUAGCCCCCUAGUGGACCAAAGCAUGUUCCAGAACUCGAAUACAACCCACAUGCCAAAGCUUCAACCUAGCUCUUCACUUAGUCAGCUGACAAAACCUGGGCAGGGUAACUCUGACCUUGGCAUCUUAGCGGGAAGCACCCAGCACUUGAAGAACCUUGGAAAGGUAGUUGGAGCCAAAGUGAAUGACUUCCUACGAAGAAGAGAAGCUGAUCGCAAUGACAUUGGCCUCACUGAAGUCAACAAGACUGUAGCAUCUGUGUUGUCCAAUAAGGAGAAGACCGUGAGCCUUGGAGAUGAAGAAAUGUCAAAGUUUGUUGAAUGUUUCCCUCGACUUGAUCCUCCACCUCCUGUGGUAAAGAAACGUAUCCCACGAGCUCUGAAGACCACUCAAGAUAUGAUCAUUUCCCCAAACCCUGUACUGAAUAGUCCAGAGAAAACAACCUUUUCGACUGAGGUCAGUUUGAAUGUGACCAGUGAAAUCCCUGUUGAAACUGCCAUUGAUGAGGAUGAUUCACCCACACUGAAAUGUCAGCCAGAUUCCCUGCCCAAUGGAAAAGUAGAGGGCAUCAUUUUGGAGCAGACUGAGAUCCAAAAUGGAGUCCAUCCUGAGAUUGCGCUAUCUGUCCCUGACAUUAUUCACAAGGAGUCGUUAGACACAGACCUGAGAGAGCCUUCUCAUUUCCAUGAAAAAGCUAUGGUGAAACUCUGUAUCAGCCAAGAUGACUUAAUAGAAGGGGAAAUCAAUCAUUCUGACUGGAGUUCUUGGCCCAAAAACUCUACUUUAGAUGGCGAUGGUCCCCAUCCUGACCUUUUGUCCUUUGAGUAGUUCUAUAUUUUGUAAUAAGGACCUAGUCUUGUCACUGGAACCUAUACUAUAAGCUGGUUUGUAGGAUUUGCACUGCCCAAGUGGAGCUAAGGAGCCUAACGAGAUGAUGGUUUAUUUGUCUUUCACCACUUUGUAAGGGACAGUGUUAAAGUUGUGUCAUCGUGGCCAAUAUGUAUAUAUUUCCUCAUAUACCCAUAUCCCUGACAUGCAUUACAUGCACAUAGCUGGCCUUUAAAUUGCUAAUCCCCUUGUAUAUUCUUGCCCAUGUUUAUAGAGCAAUAAUAAGCAAUCAUUUUAACAAUU